AUGGGUGCUAUGGAGGGGCAACUUUGGAUUGUAUUUAUGUGGGUGAGUGGUGUGGUAUGUGGUAUAUGUGUAUUAAUGAGUGAAAAUGACAAUAUUUUUAAUAAUAAUAACAAUAAUAUAAUAAUAAUUAUAAUAAUAAUAAUGAUGAUAAAAAUAAUGAAAAUAAUAAUAAUAAAUAAUAUGAUAAUAAUAAAUAAUGAUUAA